CCAGGUUUGAAAAAGUUGUCUCCAGCUGCCUGCUCGUCUUCAAGAGACAAAGAUCCCUCAUCCAACAUGAAGUACCUGCUACUGGGGAUGCUUUCACUGGCUCUGCUGGGAUCUGCCUGUGCUCAGAGAGCAGAGAAACAAGAAAAAGAAGACGGCAAAAAACCAGACGAAAAAGACGAAAUGACCAAACCAGAAAACAACACCUCCAAUUCUACCUGGCCACACAACAACAGCACCUACACAGACAAACCAGGCUCCAACAACGAUGGCACUCAACAGACUAACACAGGCCAUGGUGCAAACCCAGGCUCAGGCUCAGGCUCAGGAUCAAGCUCAGGAUCAGGAUCAAUGUCAGGCUCAGGCUCAGGAUUAGGAUCAAUCUUAGGCUCAGGAUCAGGGUCUAACUCGAGCAUGUAUACUGGCAGUGGCUCAAAAAACGGACAGAGCAAUGUCUUCAUCUCUCUCGGCCUGCUUUUCGGAUCAUUGGUACUUCAAAUAUUCUGGCAAUGA